AUGCCCAACCAUAAAAUAGACUUAUGGAAUCUGGCAAUCAAAAUCAUUUUCUUAUUACAAACUACAACUGGAAUUCUGGGUAAUUUCUUUCUUCUUAUACAAUAUCUAGUCUACUUUACAGAAUACACUUUAAAACACACAGAUUUGAUUCUCAUGCACCUCUGUGGAGCCAAUACCUUGAUAGUUCUUUCUACAGGAGUGCCCCACACAAUGGCAGCUUUUGGGCUGAAGCAGUUUUUAAAUGACUUUGGAUGCAGAUUAAUUUUGUACAUUCAAAGAGUAGGCCGGAGUGUGUCAGUUGGUACCACCUGUUUCUUGAGUGUCUUCCAGGCUAUCACCAUCAGUCACAGAGAAUCCUGUUGUAAUGAUCAGAAAGCCAAAGUUGCAAAGUACAUUGGCUGCUCCAUUUCCCUUCUCUGGGUCUUGUCUAUGUUUAUACAUUUAAUUUUCUUUGGGUACAUAUUUCUGAAAAGGAAUAGCAAAAACAUGACAAGAAAUCUAAAUUUGGGGUACUGUUCCAUUGUCAACCAUGUUGAAAUGAAUUACUCACUUUAUAUAGCAUUAGUGAUGUGCCCUGAAAUCUUCUUUUCUGUGCUCAUUGCCUGGUCCAGUGGCUACAUGAUUGUAAUUCUAUACAGGCAUAAAAAGAGGGUUCAACAUAUCCACAGCUCUCAGGUUUCCAACAGAAAGUCUCCAGAAUCCAGAGCCACCCAGAACAUCCUGUCCCUAAUGUCUUCCUUUCUGGCCUUUUACAGUCUCUCCUCCAUCUUACGAGGUUCCAUUACUCUUUCACAUUAUCACAGUUGGUGUCUGGUGAUGGUCACUCCCCUCAUAUCUCUCUGUUUUCCAACUUUUGGACCCUUUCUUCUCAUCAGUCAUUACUCUGUUCUGCCCAGACUCAGUUUGGUCUGGAUAAGAAAUACCAUCCUUUAA